AGAAGACAACCCGGAUGUUUUGGCUACCAGCUGGCUAGCAUUCAUGACGGAUUUUCCCAGAAGUUACACAUGUAUUUCUCUCAGCCGUUUAAAUAAGUAAAGAUACUCUGGUAUUUUGUAUAGUAAAUACCACGAUUUGUCCGUACAUUUGCUGUUUCGUGAGCUCUGUUUCAAGACGGUUUUUUUUUUCCAUUUCCCAUCCAAAUAAAACUAUGGUUAUUUGUCAAGCCUCCAAUAAGAAAGAAAACUUUGACGACGAAUUUUGAGUUGAAACAGCCAGAAGAGAAUGUUUAUUUUCAUUUAAAUACACCGUGUGAAAUACACCGAGAAGAAAAAUGUCAAAACAUUUCAAAAAGAGAAAACUAAAUAGGUUGUCUUCAUCUUCAGGCGAAGAAGAAGCGGGUUCAAACUGCCAAAAUGAUGCCUCCAAAAGGAAAAGUCACAAAAGAAAAAUUGACGAAAUGGAUCGAAAGAGCUCUAAAAAGGAACAGAAAAAAUCUCAUCAAGUUGACUCCCACAGCUCCCGCAAGAUAGCAAAGCCUGUUUACAGACUGUCAACAACAAAAGAACAGCAGAAAGUCUCUCCUAAAGAAGAGCAGCUUAAAAACAAGGGAUCCUUGCAAUUACACGGGGAAGGCCAAUCCAGUAUAUCUAGAACAACGAGGGAAAUUAAAACUGUGACAAGGGACCAGUCAAAGCCCAAUAAGGCAAGCUGUGCUGCUUUACUUAAUCAGACAAUAGAGAAGAAAUUGAAAGGCAAGUUUGAUAAAAAGUGCUCUCAGGGCAGCUAUUCCAAACUAAAAAAUGAGCAAAUGAGUAACAAGUUAGAUGCUGCUGAACACAGAGAUCACAGGCAGGGUUCAGAGAGGAGGAAUGGAUCAGCUAGGGAACCUUCAAGAUCCUCAUAUGACAGCAGGAAUAUUAAGACCCAAGAACCCAUCUCCUCCCACUACAAACAUUUUCAAAAAUGGAGCAACAUGGAGCGAGACCAGAACACAAGUAAAAAUUAUCAGUAUAACAGAAGUACGAGUAUGGAUGCAAAAAAUCCCCCUACCACUGUCACACAGAAGUAUUGCAUUUCACCGAAACCCUCUACGACAGUGACAAACCCAAAGAAUUGGAAGAGCUUCACUUCAACCCCCGAGAGCAACAAAUCAGAGCCACCACCGUCCACUCUAAAACAAAUAGGCACUCUAAAAUGUUUGCCUUUAAAAUUCAAUUUCAAAAUACCAAAAAAGAGUCAGCCGUCACUUGCACACAGUUCACUCGGAAAUAAUAAUACGGUGUCUUCAAACCAAAACCUCAAGCUUAAGGAUAACAAAGACGGCUCUGGAGCGAAGAAAUUGGAGCCAGCAACGGUGGAACCUUGCAGGCUUUUGGCUGGUUCCUCCAAUUCUCCUUGUAAAGAACAAAGUAAGAGGUCAUCUUUGCCUGACCAUCUCCUAUCUGAACGCCCACCAGCAGGAGAUGCAAACUCUGAGCAAUUCUUUGAUCAGGGUCAGGUAGUUGAAGAGCUUCAUCUUGCUCGGUCUGAAAAGAGGCUGGAGGUAAAUGUGAAGCAGAGCUACGGUGAACUCACCGGCAUGGACAUAGAUUCUGCUGAGGAAGGAGCCGCAGAAACCAAUUACAGGGUUCCCAAACAGAAAACCCUAAUCUUGGUUCUGGACACCAACAUUCUCCUCAGUCACUUGGAUUAUGUGAAAAAAAUCCGAUCUUGUGGCCUUGAAGCAUUGGGAUUUCCAGUUGUCCUGAUCCCCUGGGUGGUUCUACAAGAGCUGGAUUCCCUUAAAAAUAGAAAAGGUCUGUCAGGAUCUGUCGCCCACCUUGCAACUCCGGCCAUCUCGUUUAUUUACACCUCUCUGAAGAAGCGGGAUCCCCACCUGUGGGGGCAGUCCAUGCAGCAGGCCACUCAGAUCAGCAAUGGUCUGAAUACCGAGAAUAAUGAUGACAGAGUGCUGCAGUGCUGCCUGCAAUACCAGAAUAUGUAUCCAGAGUGUGUCCUCAUCUUAUGCACUAAUGAUAAAAACUUGUCCAAUAAAGCUGUCCUGAGUGGAGUGAGGGCUCUUAGCAAAGUUGAUUUGGAGGCAGGGGUCAGGAGGUCAAAACAUGGCCAACAUUUCCUUCUUCACGUUCAGUCUCCUGUUCUGUCUCGUUUGAGCCAUAACAUCUCAUCUCCAGCGUUGAGCACAAGCUGCUCACCAGUCCAGCUUCCCAUUCAGGGAAGUAACUUUGCAAUUUCCAUAAUCCACCAGCAGUUAUUAGCACAUACCAACUGUGCACUUAAUCCACCUGUUAAUUCCCCAUCAGUGAAAGGAGACUUUAAGAAGGCAGAAUGGGAUCUCAGCAGAUAUCUGUGUGAACUGGAAGACAGUUUGCGAGAUGUGCUGUCUGAAGUGUUAGAAACCGAGAUGAAGGCGGCUUAUGACGAACUCUGGCAAGAGAUUGUUUAUAUAAAACCUCCCUGGAGUCUUCAAGAUGUCCUUCAGUGUUUUAAAAAGCACUGGAUUGCUGUCUUUGGACACCUUGUUCCACGGAAGAUGUUGGAAACUGUGGGAAACCUUAUCAACUUCUUUAGCUCAGGUGAAACCGUAUCAACUUUAGGGUUUCUACAAGAAACUAAGGAGUUAGUGAAAGCAUUUGGGAAAAGUUCAAGUUCAAAACUUGUCCCUGGUGCCAUCACUGUGAUCGAAAAUAUUUUGAAUAAGGCACAAUCACAGCACCAUGCAUCUGGGGAGCAGGAACUGUCUGCUGGUGAUGUUGUCAUGAAUGAUGACGAGUCUGUAGAUAAGCAGCCGGGAUCGGCUCACAUCUCUUCACAGAAAGUGUGGGCUGUGUUCGAGAAUAUCUGGUCUCAAGUGUGCCAAACUAGUUUGGAAGUGUUCAAAGCGCUCAGCUUUGACCCUCACACCAUGCAGGCCGCUACACCGAUGGGACGUCCUCCGCCGCCACAGGACGCUUUGGCCUGUUUGCACAGACUGUCCUCGAUGGUUUCACAGCUGCUGCAGGCGUUUGGCAGGGUCUUGUCUUCGACUCCGGGUUUAGAGGAAGUCCAGACACUUCUCAGUAUUAUUUACUCCAAUAAGCUCGUCAGUGAAGAAGCCAGAUUAACAGCUAAAGACCUUCUGGAUUGUUUCUCCCAACCAGACUACAGGGAGAAACUUGGAGUUGGAGGAAACCAGUUAUUGGAGCUAAAAAAGGCUUUGGAUGGUUGUGUUCAGACCACAGGGCAGAACUUUGCCUUCACCGCACCAUGCUGAUGAAACUCAGGGUCCCAUUAACAUCAACCACCGGCUUCCUGUAAAGACCUAACCUGUUCCUUCGAUUAAACCCUUUGAUGUUGACGGCA